UCUCUCUCUACUGUGUAUAGACAAUAUCCCAUAAGCACCAUCACUUUUGAAUGCUCAUUCUGGUUUUCUCAAACUCAUGGCUCGAGCUUGGGAUUUAAGCAUGAGUUUCAUGCUUCUUGCUCUGCUAGGAUUAUGCUUCGUUGUGGCUUCUGGCUCUGGCAAUGUUCAUGUUGUGUAUAUGGGAGACAGAAGCAUGAACCAAUAUGAACAACACCUUCUUGAAGAUUCUCACCUUGACAUACUCUCAAACAUUCUUGGAAGCAAAACAUCCGCAAGGAAGUCCAUUCUGUACAGCUACAAACAUGGGUUUUCUGGAUUUGCUGCAGUUUUAAGUCAGUCUCAAGCUAAACUCAUUGCAGAUUUUCCAGGAGUUGUUCAUGUAAUUCCAAAUAGAAUUCUCAGUGUGCACACGAGUAGAAGCUGGGAUUUCUUGAGUGUGAAGCCAGAUAUUGUGAAUGGAAUUCUUUCAAAGAGUCAAUCUGGCAGAGGAACCAUCAUUGGCAUCUUGGACACAGGCAUAUGGCCUGAGUCAGAGAGCUUUAGGGACGAGCAUAUGGAUAAUCCUCCUUCUCGUUGGCGUGGUAUAUGCCAAGCAGGAGAGAAUUUCAACCACUCCCACUGUAAUAGGAAAAUAGUUGGAGCUCGCUGGUAUUCCAAAGGCUACGAAGCUGAAUUUGGAAAGCUAAACACUAGCGAUGGAUCUGAGUACUUGUCGCCACGAGACGCAUCAGGCCAUGGCACUCACACUUCAUCAACAGCAGCAGGAGUAUCAGUAGAGAAUGCAAGCUUCAUGGGACUAGCAAAAGGAUUGGCAAGAGGGGGUGCUCCAUCAGCUCACAUAGCUGUCUACAAAAUUUGCUGGUAUAAUGGAGCUUGCAGCUCAGCUGAUCUUCUUGCAGCAUUUGAUGAUGCAAUAUUUGAUGGGGUUGAUGUUCUUUCCGUGUCUCUUGGAUCAUAUCCUCCACUUCCCAUUUAUGUUGAGGAUGUGUUGGCCAUUGGAUCUUUUCAUGCUGUGGCUAGAGGAGUUUCUGUGGUGUGUUCUGGUGGCAAUUCCGGACCUUACCCUCAAACUGUCAUAAACACUGCCCCAUGGAUUAUCACUGUUGCUGCUAGCACUCUUGAUAGAGCAUUCCCUUCUAUCAUUACCUUGGGAAACAAUCAAACUCUUCAGGGGCAGAGUUUAUAUACAGGGAAGGAUGUGAACAAGUUUUAUCCCAUUGUGUAUGGAGAAGACAUAGCAGCUGAAGAUUCAGAUGGAGAAAGCGCUAGAAGCUGUGAAGCAGGAAGCCUGAAUGCAACAUUGGCUAAAGGAAAAGCAAUUUUGUGUUUCCAAUCUGGAUCGCAAAGAUCAGCCAUGGGUGCUAUAAGAACCAUAACGGAAGUCCGAGGCUCUGGUCUCAUAUUUGCUCAGUUUCCUGCUAAGGAUGUUGCUUUGUCUUGGCGCAUUCCGUCUGUCCAAGUUGACUUUAUCAUUGGAACAUCUAUCUCAUACAUGGAAGCUACCAGGAAUCCUGUGGUGAAGUUUAGCAAGACGAAAACAACAGUGGGACAUCAGAUAUCUCCAGAAGUAGCAUUCUUCUCAUCGAGAGGACCAAGUUCUCUGUCUCCUUCAGUGUUGAAGCCUGACAUUGCAGCUCCAGGGGUUGAUAUUCUAGCCGCUUGGUCACCUGCUUCUUCUGACUAUUUGCAAACUGAUGAUGCGACUGUGAAUGGGUUCAUUCCUCUUAGCUUCAAGAUUGAAUCAGGAACCUCAAUGGCUUGCCCUCACGUUUCUGGCAUUGUGGCUCUUCUCAAAUCCAUAUAUCCUAGUUGGACUCCUGCUGCUAUCAAGUCUGCCCUCAUCACUACAGCUUCGUUGAAGAAUGAGUACAACCUAUAUGUUGGAGCAGAGGGAGCUCCUCGCAAGCUGGGUGAUCCGUUUGACUAUGGAGGUGGACACAUUGAUCCCAACAAAGCCACGAAUCCUGGUCUUGUAUACGACUUAGGAAUCUCUGAUUAUGUUCGUUUCCUUUGUUCUAUGGGCUAUAACAACACUGCAAUAACCUUAAUGACCAAAUCUCCUACUAAAUGCCGUAAAUCUCCCAAGUUUUUGCUCAAUCUCAACCUUCCUUCCAUUACCAUUCCUGAGCUGAAUAACCAACCUUUGACUGCGUCGAGAGCAGUCACGAACGUAGGACCAGUGGAAUCUACGUACGUUGCUCGUGUUGUUGCUCCGAUUGGAGUGUCUGUGACCGUUGAACCUCCAGUCUUGAAGUUCGAUGCUACGAGGAAGAAACUGAAAUUUAAGGUUAGUUUUAAUUCCAAGAUCAAAGUUCAAGGUGAUUUCUCAUUUGGGUAUCUUUUCUGGGAAGAUGGUCCACAUGAAGUGAGAAUACCUUUGGUAGUCCGAACUGUUGUUGGUCAGUUUUAUGCAGACUCAUAGCCUCUGUCAUAAAACUCUGACAAUUUUCUUUUUAAAUUGAAUUAUACCAAUCUGACCCAAAAAAAUUGAAUUAUACUAAUAUGAUUGGUCUCGCAUCGUAGUUCAAUUCCGCAUUAUUUAUGAAUCAUAUGACAAGUGUGAUUUAUUUUGAACAGUUUAUACAUAUAAUAAUCAAGGGCCCACUAUUUGUCCCAAUACA